AUGGUGCACACUGUGGGCCAGCACUGUGCAGGAGCACAUCCCCAAGUGUGCCCCCUCUGUGAAGCCAGACUGACGCCCUUAGAUGUGGAGAGCUUCAAUGUGGAUCCUUGUGUCCAACUACUCGUCCUUGAUCGACAUCUAAGAGAGGCACAUCUACCACAUUUGGAGAUAGCUGGUCGACUUUUUCAGUCAUUUGAUGAAACGGUUAUCGCAAAAAAUAUGCUGAAGACCCCACCCAUAGUGGACGCAGUCACGAGGUCGUAUAGGUGUUGCUUUAAAGCUGGUGAAAGUGCAGGAAAUGGACCUGGCUUUCCUUUUGAGCACUGGCGUCGUCGUCACAAACGAAGUUUUGUUGAAGAUCGGGAGGAUACUACCAUAUUUGCCACCAGUCACCCUCGAGGACAUGCCCAGCGUCCGCAGCGCACCAGUGCACGUCGCAGGUGCCUCUUAAACCCACAGAAGCUCUAUGAUAUACUGCGAAACGUCUGGCUGCGAAAGCAAGACCGUGCACACAACACCCUCUUCUCUCUCCUCUUCCACACUUUUCCUCCAAACGCUAUGUGGUGUGGCUUCACCGCCUCCAGUAUGGCUCAGCUCAUAGCUCAUGUGGUUGGUCAUCAUGGUGGAAACUACCUGUUGCAGCCAAAAUUGCGAGAGAACGUCCGACAAGCGUUUUCGUAUCGCAAGGAGCGGAGAAUGCCCUCAUUAGAACAGUGGAGCUCUUCUCUUAUUAGUAGUGGAAAAAAGCGAAGCGGCAGCGUCGGAACGCUAAACGACGCAGUAAGGUUGUUGAAGGGUGGAAACAGCCUGCUGGAGAAACGACUAUUAAUAAAACCGGUGGUGAGGACUCUGAAUCGUCCAACAUUGAUUGGAGAAGAUUCGGGAAACAAACUCUUCGACGCGAAUGCUGACGUGAACCAAGAAAAGGUAGAUUUCAAAGCCUAG